AUGGGGAGCGAGGGACACCAGAAGAUGGGGAGCGAGGGACAAGAAGAUGGGGAGCGAGGGACACCAGAAGAUGGGGAGCGAGGGACAAGAAGAUGGGGAGCGAGGGACACAAGAAGAUGGGGAGCGAGGGACAAGAAGAUGGGGAGCGAGGGACACCAGAAGAUGGGGAGCGAGGGACACCAGAAGAUGGGGAGCGAGGGACACAAGAUGGGGAGCGAGGGACACAAGAAGAUGGGGAGCGAGGGACACAAGAUGGGGAGCGAGGGACACCAGAAGAUGGGGAGCGAGGGACACCAGAAGAUGGGGAGCGAGGGACACCAGAAGAUGGGGAGCGAGGGACACAAGAUGGGGAGCGAGGGACACCAGAAGAUGGGGAGCGAGGGACACCAGAAGAUGGGGAGCGAGGGACACAAGAAGAUGGGGAGCGAGGGACACCAGAAGAUGGGGAGCGAGGGACACCAGAAGAUGGGGAGCGAGGGACACAAGAAGAUGGGGAGCGAGGGACACAAGAAGAUGGGGAGCGAGGGACAAGAAGAUGGGGAACAGCUGAGCCAGUACGAGUGCAGACAGCUGAGCCAGCACGAGUGCAGACAGCUGAGCCAGUACGAGUGCAGACAGCUGAGCCAGUACGAGUGCAGACAGCUGAGCCAGUACGAGUGCAGACAGCUGAGCCAGUACGAGUGCAGACAGCUGAGCCAGUACGAGUGCAGACCGCUGAGCCAGUACGAGUGCAGACAGCUGAGCCAGUACGAGUGCAGACAGCUGAGCCAGUACGAGUGCAGACAGCUGAGCCAGUACGAGUGCAGACAGCUGAGCCAGUACGAGUGCAGACAGCUGAGCCAGUACGAGUGCAGACAGCUGAGCCAGUGUUUUGGAUUGGACCGGAACCAGCGCGUGAGAGAGAGAGAGGGGGACCGGCGCGGGAAGCUGGCGCUCCUCUCUCCCGGCGCACCGAAGCCCUCCGUCUCCAAGGAGGGAACAUUCCAGCUGCGUGUGAUCUUUCUGGACAACAGCGAGCGUGUGUUUGAGGUCAAGCAAAGGAUCCUGGGAUGUGACUUCUUCAACAAGGUGUGUGGCCACCUCAAGCUGCUGGAGAAAGAAUAUUUUGGACUGGAGUUCAGACACCACACUGGCAGCUAUGUGUGGCUGGAACAGUUGAAACCUCUAGCCAAUCAGAUCAAGAACACCAGUGAUCUGUUCUUCAGAUUCAUCGUCAAGUUCUUUCCUCCAGACCCAGGGCAGCUGCAGAGAGGACUCACCAGGUAUCUGUUUGCUCUCCAGAUAAAGCAGGACCUCUCUACAGGCAGUCUGACCUGUAAUGACAACAGCGCCGCCCUGCUGGUCUCCCAUUUACUCCAGUCAGAGCUGGGAGACUACGAGGAAGAGUUGGACAUCCACCAUCUAGAGCUGAAACAAUACGUUCCUAACCAGGAAUACCUGGACCACAAGAUCAUCAAGUUCCACAGGAAACACAGGGGUCACUCUCCUGCGGAGUCAGACGUCCAUCUCUUGGAGGUUGCUAGGAAACUGGACAUGUACGGGAUCCGCCCCCACCCUGCCCACGAUGGAGAGGGCAUGAGACUCAACCUGGCCGUCACACACUCCGGAGUACUGGUGUUUCAGGGUAACACUAAAAUUAACACCUUCAGCUGGGCCAAGGUCCGUAAACUGAGCUUCAAGAGGAAACACUUCCUCAUCAAACUACACGACCAAAUAGGGCCCUCCCGUAAGGACACGGUAGAGUUUACGAUGGCGAGUCGAGACGUCUCUAAGUCCUUCUGGAAGACCUGUGUUGAAUACCAUGCCUUCUUCAGACUGGCCGAAGAGCCCCAGUCACGCAGCAAGACUCUGCUGUCCAGCAAGGGGUCCAGCUUCAGAUACAGUGGCAGGACCCAGAAACAGCUGUUGGAGUGUAUGGGGACAGGAGAGAGGAAACACAUGCCUUUCCAGAGGUCUAAGUCAGACUCCAGACAGUGUAGAUCCUCUCCUGACCUCCUCACAGACGUCUCCAAACAGCUCUACAAGCAGUACCACCCGUUACCGCGCCCCGGAGGCCACGCCCUCGCUCACAGCGAAGGGGAAGUGGAACGACAACGGGGAGUGGGAGGAGCUAACCCUAAACGCAGCCAAUCAGCUGUCGAGGUGGUCUUCUCCACGGAACUCCAGCGGUCCCGCCUCCCACAAGCUUUCCACCUAUCAACGGCCUCUCCUAAGCAAAGGUCCGCCUCUACAUCGGUAGACAUCGGGGAAAGGAGGGCGGGGGGGCAACGGCAGGGCGGGGCCGGGCAUAGAUUCGGAGGAGGGGUUUACCAUGGAAACAGCAGGGCCAAACGUCGGCCCAAACCCCAGUCCGCCUCCGACGCGCAGCAAUUGGUCCUCCUGUAUCCCAAUAACCCCGCUUACAAGUUCCAUCCAGUCCUUCCAACAUUCCCAUUGGCCAGUUAUCCGCACGGACAGGCCUACUUUUUGGACGGCGCCGUCGCCUCAUUGGAGCAUCUACCGCAGAUGCACCGCUUAGACCACGCCCCGUUGGAGGGGCUGACACGCCCUUCUCUCUACUCACGCUCUGAUUCGUCCUCCCUGUCGCCACUCAGGCGGAAUCUCCGCCCAUCCGGGCUGGGAUUGGCCAGGGUCUACCAGGGCGGGCUCUCGAGCGGAAACGCAGCCAGGAGAUUGGACGUCGGGAGAAUAGAGGCGGGGCAUUACAGCGACGACUCCAACUUCCUGCCUGGACUUCCUCGUCGUGCCACCAGCCAACCGGACGUCAAGUUCCCCAGAGUAGUCCCCGCCUCCAACCCCGCCUCUGAGUUCCGUCCCCUAGGUUACUACCCCCACCUGUCACGUCACCAGACUCCACAAAGACCCUCCUACCUGCCUCUAAACUCCUCCCCCUUACCAGACCGGCCCACCUCGCUGUGUGUCCUAGGGGGAGUCGGUGGAAGCUACAGCGAUUCAGACCCAGAGGUGUUCUAUCCCUACUACAGCCCAGCACCCCCGUUGGGUAAAGUGGUACGGUCCAAUGCUCUGGCUAGGAUGAGGUUCUCCUCUGGGAGUUUACAACUGGAGGAGGAAGAGGAGGGGGAAGAGGAAGAGGAGAGGUAUAGCAGUGGGGGAGAGGGGAAGCCUCGGAUUACGAAAUUGAGACUGUAGAAUAGUGUUGUGUGACGUGUGUGUGUGUGUGUGUGUGUGUGGUCAGGAUGACAUUGGGUGUAUUCAGGAUGCUUUGUACAUUGAAUGGACACUCCAAAACGUAUACAGUGUUGAAUUGAACGUUCGGUUACAGACAUGUGCCCGUUUUGUACAACUUUACAAAAAGUAGCGUAUCCUGUUUUGAUUGAAGGUUUUGGUACAUGUCUGAAUUAAUCUGUCAAUAAAGAGGGUAAUCUGUAUGAAAGUUUGGUACAUGUCUGAAUUAAUCUGUCAAUAAAGAGGGUAAUCUGUAUGAAAGUUUGGUACAUGUCUGAAUUAAUCUGUCAAUAAAGAGGGUAAUCUGUAUGAAAGUUUGGUACAUGUCUGAAUUAAUCUGUCAAUAAAGAGGGUAAUCUGUAUGAAAGUUUGGUACAUGUCUGAAUUAAUCUGUCAAUAAAGAGUGUAAUCUGUAUGAAAGUUUGGUACAUGUCUGAAUUAAUCUGUCAAUAAAGAGUGUAAUCUGUAUGAAAGUUUGGUACAUGUCUGAAUUAAUCUGUCAAUAAAGAGGGUAAUCUGUAUGAAAGUUUGGUACAUGUCUGAAUUAAUCUGUCA